AUGGCAAUGGCUGAGGGAAGAAAUAGCACUAUAGUUACCAGGUUUAUCCUAUUGGGAUUCUAUGAAUUUCCAAGGCUUACAAUCAUCCUCUUUUCAAUAUUCCUAUGGAUCUACCUCAUGUCAGUGUCCUGGAUCUGAGUCAGGAUAAAUGCCUACCUGCACACAUCCAUGUAUUUCUUCGUCAAUAAACUUGCCUUCCUAGAUGUUUGCUAUAUUUCCUCCAUAGCUCCCAAGACACUCUCAGAUUUCUUCAAGAAGCAGAAAUCUAUCUCCUUCAUGGGCUGUGCCAUGCAAUACUUCUUCUUCUCUAGCCUGGGUCUGACUGAGUGCUGUCUCCUGACAGCCAUGGCUUAUGAUAGAUAUGCUGCCAUUUGUAAGCCUCUGCUCUACACAGCUAUCGUGUCUCCUAUACUCUGUGUGCAGAUGGUGGCAGGAUCUUAUAUAGCUGGAUUGUUUGGUUCAUUUAUACUAUUGUGUGUUUUAUUUCAGUUCCAUUUCUAUGGACCAAAUGUCAUUAACCAUAUCUUCUGUGACCUGCCCCAACUGCUGAUCCUAUCCUGCUCUGACACCUUUUUUUUUCAAGUCAUAAUGCCUGUGGUCACAGUGAUCUUUGGGCUCACCUCUGUCCUGGUUAUCAUGAUAUCCUAUGGUUAUAUCAUUGCCACCAUCCUGAAGAUCACUUCAGCAGAAGGCAGGUCCAAGGCCUUCAACACCUGUGCUUCUCACCUGACCGCAGUGACCCUCUUCUUCGGCUCAGGCAGCUUUGUCUAUAUGUGCUCUAGCUCUGAUGAUUCUCUGAGCUCGAACAAGCUGGUUUCUGUUGUAUAUGCUGUUAUAAUCCCCAUGUUAAAUCCACUGAUCUAUAGCCUGAGAAACAAGGAAAUCAAGGGUGCACUCAACAGUUGGAAGAAGAGAAUAUUCUCCUGGACUUUUUGA